AUGUUGUGUGCACUCACCACCCUGUCUCAGCAGCUGGAGAGUGAGGGCGCCGUCGAUAUCUACCAGGUGGCCAAGAUGAUCAACCUCAUGAGGCCAGGACUCUUCACAGACAUUGACCAGUACCAGUACCUAUACAAAGCUCUGCUCAGCCUCAUCAGCACCACAGAGAACAGUUUGGGUCCUCUGGCCAGGGACGUUAAAGGGGCCAUGGUGUCCAUGUCAGACCAGUCAAACCAGGCAGAGAGCAUGGAGUCAUUGGUGUGAGGGAGGUCCCUCGGAGGCCUGGAACUGAGUGUGUCCUGUGUGUCCCAACACCCUGUGAGGUCCCUGAACCUACAAAGCUGGCACUUAACU